AUGGCCCUGGGCGCUGCAAACAGCCGACCGCGCAGAAGCGUGCAGGCUUUCCGCUUUCGGGUGGCUAAUUUCCACAGCAGCCAGCAACCUGGAAGUUGGAGCGAGAUGGCCCCAGUCAACAGUCGCCAGCAACACAACACAACCCACAGGCCAGCAGCUGACUCACCAGCGAGCGCAGUUGGCAGCGCAGCACAGAAGGACUCAAAAGUACGCCGCACAUGCCGUGACAACCCUGCAACGCUCGAGCUACAAACAGCCGCCUGUCCCAUUCGCAUCCGCCCGUCGGUAUCACGAGCCUCGCGGUCCGGCAUUCGUAUCCUGCCGUGCUACGGAGUACUGACGCUCGAAUAA